CUGAUGACUAUAAAGGCAGCGUAGCUGUCCUCAUCCUCACCAAAUCUUCCAGAGGCUUCCAGAAGAUUCAUCUACUGAACAGGAUAAUUAACCGCCAUGGCGAUUUUGCCAGUUAUCUCUCUUCUCUAUGCCAUGUUUGCUUUGAGCAUGGCUUCAGAGGCCGUGUCUGAUGGUCCAGGUGAUUCUGAGGCGUCUCCAGAGCUGACCGGUGUGGAGAAACGUGCUGUGUGUCAGAAUGGAUGGAGCAGAUGUGGAAAUCGCUGCUUUAAGUUCUUCAAUUACAAGCUUACUUGGUCUGAGGCAGAGGGACGAUGCGCGCGUCACAGAGGUGAUCUUGCAUCCAUCCACAACAAGAAUGAGGCAGAAUUUGUAGGGAGAUUGGCAAAUAAGAAGUGGGCGUGGAUUGGGGCUGGGGGAUCCUUUGAGGGUCACACAUGGUACUGGACUGAUGGCAGCCCAUUUGACUACUCCAAUUGGGCUGCAUGGGAGCCUAAUAACUACGGUGGAAACGAGCACUGCGGCCACACCAACUUCGGAAGUGCUGGUGUCUGGAAUGAUCUUGCCUGCCACGACCGUCUCCCUUUUGUGUGCGCCAAGUGAUCAGGCAUCUUGUGUGGAGCUCCACCCACAACCUGUGAUUUGAAGCCUUCUUUCCUGCUUUCCUUCCUUCCUUUGAAAUUAUAACACAACAUUGAGCAGUAGGGCUCUUAGAGAUCAGUCACGGGUGGUGUGUGUGUUUGUGUGUAAGAUCUGUGUGUUUGAGUGUGCUGGGGGAAGUCCAGUGGUUAUGACACCUGUCAGCCACAUGAGCAGUCAUCGCCCUUGUGUACACACACGCACGCACACACGCACACACACACACACACACACACACACACACACACACACACACACACACACACACACACACACACACACACACACACACACACACACACACACACACACACAGACCUGUGUAGUCAUCACGUUUGUGUACUCCACCUGAGACUGCAGCCAGCCCAGACCAACAGGUGCUGGUGUACCUCCUGCUGAAUUCCUUCUUCUCUUUCAGUUCAAUCUUUGACUGUCACAAAUCUAAUCAAUAAAUGCAGCAUCAAAAGACAA